GACGACUUUGAUGACCGACCCAUCCAAUAUGGCUUCAGCCGAAGAGUUGCUGGGGGCUGGGUGAGAAGGAGGGAGCGUUUAUUGUAGCUUCGCCCGAGAUCCUCACAGCGAUGGCACUUCGGUCGCGGCUUUGGGAGGUGGUGUCGUUUAGCAGGAGCCGCGGGUGCGGGCCCGCAGCCCUCUCGACCAGGUCCACGCCAGCCGUGACGCCCCAGGUGGACCCUCAGGAGAACGAAGCCGUGGCUCCGGAGUUCACCAACCGGAAUCCCCGCAAUCUGGAGCUCUUAGCGGUCGCUAGGAAGGAGCGGGGCUGGGGGACGGUGUGGCCCUCGCGGGAGUUCUGGCACAGGUUGCGAGUGACAAGAACUCAGCAUCAUGUGGAAGCACUUGUUGAGCACCAUAGUGGCCAGGUGGUGGUCUCGGCAUCCACCCGAGAGUGGGCUAUUAAGAAGCAUCUGUACAGCACCAGGAACGUGGUGGCCUGUGAGACCAUCGGUCGGGUACUGGCCCAGAGGUGCCUGGAAGCAGGGAUUCACUUCAUGGUCUACCAGCCCACCCCUUGGGAGGCAGCCUCAGACUCGAUGAAAUGCCUGCAGAAUGCCAUGACGGAAGGUGGUGUGGUGCUGCAGGAGCCUCGGCGGAUCUAUGAAUGAGACACGGGCGCUGCUCGUGCCUGUCUGCGUGAAUACAGAACCGAGAGCCGCUGCAGACACGGCCACCACCACAGGUGCAGCGGAGCAGCCCCGGGGCAGAGCCGUCACUCACGGGAUGCAGGCCUGCCUUCUCCCCGGUGUGUUGUGCUUUUUUAAGUCAAGGUCUUAGUUCUUCCUCUCUUGGACAUGAGAGAAAUAUUCAGAAGUUACCAACUGUAAUUAACUUUGGCGGGACAAAAGUUUUUUUAGAAGCUAUAAAAUAAAAUUACAUUAUGUCCUCUUA